AUGGGAGAACCGCUGAGAGAGGAGGACAAAACGCUGCCCGAGGGCGAAAGAUUUAUGGGACACGCUGGGAUGUCGAGAGUAGCGCGUAACAUUGCUAGACGUCUGAUUGACGAGCAGUGGGUUGAGGAGGCCAGACGACGAUUUCCUGACUAUCCGUUUGUCAUCGCUGGACACAGCCUGGGCGCCGGUAUAACCUCCCUACUUUCUGUGCUCGUGAAGCCACGCUAUCCUGAUAUGAAAGCCUACGCCUACGCUCCUCCUGUGUUUUUCCCCAGGGGCUUGACAAAUAAGUGUAUCGACCAGGGAACAUUUAACGCUGGUAUACCUCGGCACUUGCACAUAGGUGACUUCUUACCCUGA